AAAUGCCAAAAGCAGACUUUUCAUGGAGGACAAAAAAAUAUACUAGCACAACAACAGUACAGCUAGGCAGAGUUAAGACAUUUGGAAGGCGUUAUUUGUAGUUCAUAUUUACUUCCUCUAAUUAAGUUGUUGUCUACAUGAUUCAGAAUCUGACCAUUUCCUAAAUUGUUCUGUAUCAAUAGAAGUUCAGAGAAGUCAACCAUGUUAAGAAUCCGAAGAAGUGGUAGUUUCAAAUGGUUGGCAAGUUGAGAAUUACUCACUGUUGUACCCUGAAUCUUAUCACUCAAAUACCCUUUUGGCAGUGUUCAAGAUUUCAUCGGGAUUGUGGCAUAUUCCGGGAGCAAUGGAGUUUGGGAAAGAGAAGCAAGUGAGGUUUUACAACGAAGGGGAACAAGAUUUUGGGCUUUACUGGGAGAAGAACGAAGCUCAGCGGUUCAACAACGGUGGAGGUUCAGUCCCUUUAAUGAAAUCUGAUGGAGGAUUUAAUGAUACGAAGAAGAGAGCAAAUGUUAUUCCGCAAUUUGGGAAGAAUAAGGUUUUCCCAGAAGGGAGUUAUGAGACAAGAAAGCGAUGGAUUAUUGAUCCUGGAAGUGAAAUUUCUCUCAAAUGGAACAGAAUUUUCCUUUGUUCUUGCUUGGUUGCACUGUUUGUUGAUCCCCUCUUCUUUUACCUUCCUUCUGUUGUAAAUGAUGACGAGUCCUCAACCUCAUGUAUGACUACGGAUUUGAACCUUGGAAUCACCAUUACCUGUUUUAGAACUUUGGCUGAUAUGUUUUAUGUCUUACAUGUACUUAUUAAGUUUAGAACUGCUUAUGUGUCCCCAAGCUCAAGGGUAUUUGGUAGAGGAGAACUUGUGAUGGAUCUGAAAUUGAUAUCUGAGAGGUAUAUGAAGUCAGAUUUCUUCAUAGAUGUGAUUGCAGCACUGCCUCUUCCUCAGAUAGUUAUAUGGUUCAUUAUGCCUGCCAUUAGAAGCUCUCAUGCUGAUCAUACCAACAACACCCUUGUCCUAAUAGUACUUUUCCAGUACCUUCCCAGACUAUAUCUGAUUUUUCCUUUGAGUUCGGAAAUUAUAAAAGCUACUGGAGUUGUUGCAAAAACAGCUUGGGCUGGGGCUGCAUACAAUUUGCUGCUCUAUAUGUUAGCGAGCCACGUCUUGGGGGCUUCCUGGUAUUUGUUAUCAUUCGAGCGUGAUGCUACUUGUCUGAAAGCUGCCUGCAACAAGGAAUUUGGUUCCAUUGGGUGCUCACUACGUUUUCUUGAUUGUGGGACCCUGGAUCAUGCUGAGAGGAGAACUUGGUUGAAUAAGACUGCUGUGUUUAGCUCCUGCAAUCCUGAUAAUACCACAUUUUUCAAUUAUGGGAUUUUCGGAAAUGCAGUAACUAAUAAUGUCCUCUCAGCAAGCUUUGUUCAGAAGUAUUUCUACUGCUUAUGGUGGGGUCUGCAAAAUUUGAGUUCCUAUGGCCAGACAUUGACCACAAGCACAUUUAUUGGGGAGACUGCGUUUGCCAUUCUAAUUGCAAUCUUGGGAUUAGUUCUGUUCGCUCACUUGAUUGGAAACAUGCAGACCUACCUGCAAUCUAUAACUGUGAGACUUGAGGAAUGGAGGCUGAAGAGACGUGAUACUGAGGAAUGGAUGAGACAUAGACAACUUCCUCAAGGCUUACAGGAACGUGUCAGAAGAUUUGUUCAAUACAAGUGGCUAACGACGAGAGGAGUUGAUGAAGAGUCUAUAUUGCGGGCCUUACCCACAGAUCUACGUCGAGAUAUUCAACGUCACCUAUGUUUGGACCUUGUCCGACGAGUCCAAUUCUUUGCACAGAUGGAUGAUCAGCUGCUAGAUGCCAUAUGUGAGCGAUUAACAUCAUCAUUGAGUACUCAAGGUACCUACAUUGUACGUGAGGGUGAUCCUGUUACAGAGAUGCUGUUCAUUAUCAGAGGGACAUUGGAGAGCACAACAACAAAUGGAGGCCGUACAGGUUUUUUCAACUCUAUUACUUUGAAACAAGGUGACUUCUGUGGUGAGGAACUGCUUGCUUGGGCAUUGCUACCCAAAUCGGCACAAAAUUUACCAUCUUCGACAAGAACAGUCAGAGCACUCACUGAAGUAGAAGCAUUCGCCUUACGAGCUGAAGAUCUCAAGUUUGUGGCGAAUCAGUUCAGACGUCUUCACAGUAAGAAGUUACAGCACACAUUUAGAUACUACUCUUACCACUGGAGGACCUGGGCAACCUGCUUCAUACAGGCUGCUUGGCGCAGACACAAGAAACGAAUGCUGGUGAAUAGCUUGAGCAUGAAAGAGUCAUAUUACUAUGCUCAGGAUGAACAUUUAGUAGAUGAGAAUCAACAAGUGGAAGAAGACAAUAAUGCACAACCAAAUUCUUUCUCCACUAACCUGGGAGUUACUAUACUUGCUUCAAGAUUCGCUGCAAACACAAGAAGAGGAGCUCAGCGGUUGAAGGAUGUUCAAUUGCCUAAGUUGCAGAAGCCUGAAGAGCCAGAUUUCUCUGCGGAAGGGGAUGAUGAAUAGUUGCGGUUUGCUAGGGUAUAGAUACUGGUAAGACUUCUUUAACCAGAUGAAGCAGCAGCUUGGUGGGGUUCAAGGUUUUGUACAGGGGUAACUUAUAGUUGCGGUUCUCGGACAAGAACAGGUUGCUGCUUUUUGGUUAAAUACUGAAUAGCAGGGGGCAAAAAUUGCACCCUGAAUCCUGAUACAAAGAAAAUCAUCACGAUUUGGCUAUGAACUUGAAGUACUGCCAGUACGAUAUUCAUGUUUGAAGAAAGCUAAAUCAGGCUAUACUUCAACAUCAUAGCUGACUUCAUUGAGAUACACUUUUUAUGACAAUUUUUUCAUUUCGUGCUGUGUAUGUAUUAACAUCUGUUUGUGUCGAAAUAUCCCUGCCCUGAGGGGCAGUACUAUUUAGUCGAUCCAACUGCUCUCGCACCAAAUUCUGAUUGAACUUUUGCUGAAAACAAAUGAAUCAAGCAAC